GUCAUUUGUAAUUUCGAAAAAGGACCUGCGGAAAUUUUUUAUCGUGGCAGGUUGGAAGGGUUCUUUCAAGUUUCAUGGCAAUUGUUUCUAACGGGCAAAGCUCGGCUCCUCCACGGGCCGUCAUCCGCUAGCCGUCAGCCCCGUCGACUCGUCCUGGCCAUAUUGAGCAUUCGUGACUGUCGCUUCGACUUGUUCCUUCUCACCGUUUGGACAGAUCAAAAGAGACAAGGUUCGACCCUUCGUACGACAACCGGGAAAUUCGCUUCGUCCGACAGCCGACGACACCAAGACCGGACCGUCUCGGCGAUUAUGCAAAGGCAACCUUGUUCCCACUCGAUACCCGUUGGAAAUGUUAUACUCAAAAUGAACGAACUUCAGCAGUUGACAUCCGGGGGUGAUCAAACUAUUUAUGUUGUUGGACCAACUCAUGACGUUCUUCCACAAACUCCAAAAUUAAGUUUGUUGGAGCUUGCCCAUAGAGAGUACCAAGCGAGCGAUUAUGAGAAUGCAGAGAGACACUGCAUGCAGUUGUGGAGGCAGGAGCAGAACAACACAGGCGUUUUGCUCCUUCUCUCUUCUAUUCACUUCCAGUGUAGGCGGUUUGACAAAUCCGCUCACUUCAGCACUUUGGCAAUCAAACAAAAUCCACUUCUUGCAGAAGCUUACAGCAAUUUGGGAAACGUCUUCAAGGAAAGGGGUCAGCUACAAGAGGCCCUGGAUAAUUACAGACACGCAGUAAGGUUAAAACCUGAUUUCAUAGACGGAUACAUCAAUCUAGCGGCAGCUUUAGUUGCUGCUGGUGAUAUGGAACAAGCUGUGCAGGCUUAUGUAACAGCUCUCCAAUACAAUCCAGAUUUGUACUGCGUACGGAGUGAUUUGGGUAAUCUGCUUAAAGCUCUCGCUAGACUAGAGGAGGCCAAGGCCUGCUAUUUAAAAGCUAUUGAAACAAGACCAGACUUCGCAGUAGCCUGGAGCAAUCUAGGCUGUGUCUUCAACGCUCAAGGCGAAAUCUGGCUGGCGAUCCACCACUUUGAAAAAGCUGUAGCUCUCGACCCCAACUUCCUGGACGCUUACAUCAACCUUGGCAACGUUUUGAAAGAAGCUCGAAUUUUUGACAGGGCGGUAGCGGCAUAUUUGAGGGCUCUCAACCUAAGCCCUAACAACGCCGUCGUUCAUGGCAAUCUCGCCUGCGUCUACUAUGAGCAGGGGCUUAUUGACCUUGCCAUCGACACCUAUCGGCGUGCCAUCGAGCUUCAACCUAACUUCCCCGAUGCCUACUGCAACCUGGCAAAUGCGCUCAAAGAAAAAGGCCAGGUUUCAGAGGCAGAGGAGUGCUAUAAUACAGCACUCCGCUUGUGUCCGUCACACGCGGACUCACUCAAUAAUCUGGCCAAUAUAAAACGUGAACAGGGUUAUAUAGAAGAAGCAACUCGUCUUUAUUUAAAAGCUUUAGAGGUAUUCCCCGAAUUUGCAGCAGCUCAUUCUAACUUAGCAUCAGUCCUCCAACAACAAGGAAAGCUGAACGAAGCUCUAAUGCAUUACAAAGAAGCAAUUAGAAUUCAGCCCACGUUUGCUGAUGCGUACAGCAACAUGGGCAACACGUUGAAAGAGAUGCAAGAUAUUCCAGGUGCACUCCAGUGCUACACACGAGCCAUACAGAUCAAUCCUGCAUUUGCAGACGCUCAUAGCAACCUUGCAUCCAUUCACAAAGAUUCAGGAAACAUUCCAGAUGCUAUUCAGUCAUACAGGACUGCAUUGAAACUCAAGCCAGACUUCCCAGACGCAUACUGCAAUCUUGCCCAUUGCCUACAAAUCGUUUGCGAUUGGACUGAUUAUGAGGCAAGAAUGAAAAAAUUAGUGUCAAUUGUAGCUGAACAACUCGAAAAAAACAGGCUUCCUUCGGUUCAUCCACAUCAUUCUAUGUUGUAUCCGCUCUCGCAUGAAUUCAGAAAAGGCAUCGCAGCUCGUCAUGCUAAUCUUUGCCUAGAGAAAAUCCAUGCACUUCAUAAACCGCCGUACAAACACCCGAAAGAACUUUACGGAAGACUUCGUAUUGGUUACGUCUCUUCAGAUUUUGGCAACCAUCCGACUUCUCAUCUUAUGCAGUCCAUUCCUGGACUUCACAACAGACAGAGCGUCGAGGUAUUUUGCUAUGCACUGAGUGCUGAUGAUGGAACUACUUUCAGAAGCAAGAUAUCCCGCGAAUCAGAACACUUUAUAGAUCUAUCACAGGUUCCUUGCAACGGUAAAGCUGCCGACAGAAUUAACAGUGAUGGUAUUCACAUUCUUGUAAAUAUGAAUGGUUACACAAAAGGUGCCCGUAAUGAAAUAUUCGCUCUUAGACCGGCACCUAUCCAAGUUAUGUGGCUUGGAUAUCCUGGUACGAGUGGAGCUUCGUUUAUGGAUUAUUUGAUCACAGAUGCUGUCACUUCUCCACUUGAACUUGCGUACCAAUACAGCGAAAAGCUUGCUUUCAUGCCACACACGUAUUUCAUCGGGGAUCACAGGCAGAUGUUCCCUCACCUGAAAGAAAGAUUAAUCUUGGCUGACAAACAAACCAAGAAAGCAGAGCUCGCCGACAAUGUAGCAGUUAUAAAUGCGACCGACCUUUCACCGAUGAUUGAAAACACAGAAGUCAGGGAAAUCCGUGAAGUCGUUGAAACAGUCUCUGAUACUAAAACCAGUCGCCCGGUCGAGAUUUCGCUCAAAGUGGCACAACUUCCUACAACAAACCCGAUUGAGACGAUGAUUGCUUCUGGGCAGAUCCAGACCUCCCUCAAUGGAGUCGUCGUACAAAAUGGACUAGCUACCAACCAAACGAAUAACAAAGCAGCAACAGGUGAAGAGGUGCCACAGAGUAUUGUCAUAACGACACGACAACAGUACGGCCUGCCUGAUGAAGCAGUUGUAUAUUGCAAUUUCAAUCAACUUUACAAAAUCGAUCCAGUCACGUUGCAGAUGUGGGUCAAUAUUUUGAAAUCUGUACCAAAUUCGGUAAUGUGGCUGUUGAGAUUUCCCGCCGUGGGUGAGCCACACCUUCAAGCAAUGGCUUCUUCCCUCGGCCUCCCACCAGGCAGAAUCAUCUUCAGUAAUGUCGCCGCGAAGGAAGAGCAUGUCAGAAGGGGUCAACUGGCUGAUGUCUGCCUCGACACCCCUCUUUGCAACGGUCAUACAACCAGUAUGGAUGUCCUGUGGACCGGAACACCGGUUGUCACUUUACCAGGAGAAACACUCGCUUCAAGAGUAGCUGCAUCUCAACUCGCAACCCUCGGUUGCCAUGAACUCAUUGCAAGAACAAGACAAGAGUACCAGGACAUCGCCAUCAGGCUUGGCACUGAUCGAGAAUACUUGAAAGCGAUGCGUGCCGAGGUUUGGCGUGCUCGAACCGACAGCCCGCUCUUCAAUUGUAAAAUGUACGCCGAAGGUUUGGAGAAGCUCUACCACCUCAUGUGGGCGAAACAUGCCAACGGAGAGAAAACCGAUCACAUAUCAGUCGCCGUAAAUAACUAAGAAGAAAACUUUUCCUGAUA